AUGAGUUUAGUUAGUGAAUAUUUGAUGAUGCCUCAAGUGAGGGAAGAUUACCAAGAUAUGUAUCAGACAACAGAAUCGAUAUUAAAUGAAAUUCUCCAAGCAAUUUCGAUUUUUCAAGAAGAUACAAACAAAUCUAUUAAUGAAUUAAGCAUAAUUUCACAGAGAUACAAUCUAGAACAACCACACUUAGAUGUUUUGUCAGAUUCCAAGAUAUUUGACUACAUUUCGGAAGGUCUUUAUCAAAUUCCUGAUAAAUUACCUGAUUUUCCAAUAGAAACCGCAUUAUCACUUAUAUCUAGAUUACUCAAGAAAGGAAACUUUCUUGAAAAGAUGUUUUAUAAUGCUCAUUUUUUAGAAAUUUGUAUUUCAUUGCUUUCAUUCAAAGAUAAGAAGAUAACAGAACGCGUUUGUGAGAUGCUACUUGCAUUUAACAGGUUUGACGGUGGAUUACAAAUGAUUAUUCAGUCAGAAAUCACAGAAAACUUAGUUGAAUUUUUAUCUAUCGAUAACUUCACAAUUAAACGCGAUUCUCUUUUCCUUAUCAAAGAUAUUACACCAUUCAUCGAAGAUGAUGAAGCAUUACAACAAAUUGCAGCUCAAAUUUUUAAAUUAGUUUUUAAAGGCCAAGAUUGCAUAAGAAUUUCAGCGAUAAUGACUUUAAAGACAUUAUGCAAGCAAUCCGCAUCUGUUUGCGCAUACCUUGUUCAAUAUCCUUCAUGUAUUUUCUCAAGAUCAAAUACAAUUUUAAAUGUAGCCCCAGAAAACGGCAGAUUCACAGACCAUAUGAUUCAGAUGCUUACUGUUAUUACAAGACAGAUACCUGAUGCCAUUACAAACGAAGUUAUUGAUUCAAUGCCGUUGACAGACUUAAUUCAAGAGUUUUUAGUGCCUAAUUCUCAAAUUGACAAAGAAACUCGUGAAACACAGUCCUUCUUUAUGGAGUUCCUACAGGCUUUACUCGAUUUAAAUAGUCCACACGUGAUGGAUUUGAUGUUUUCAGUUCCUCUUAUAGAGAUUCUUAGUGAUAGCUUGGAUAUAGCACCAAUGAUUUACAAAGAAUCAAUUAUCUCGUUCAUGCACUCUGUAAUUUUGUUAAAUCAUGAACUUGUCAUUCCUAUUCUUCUCAGGAAUUCGAAUUUUGAGGUUCUUUUCGCUGAUAUAAGUUGUUUGAAGGAUGAAACAAUCAUUAAAGUCCUCAAAACUAUUGAUUAUUUGGUAAACCUUAAUAAUGACUACAAAGUCAUGCUUGUGGACAUUAAUUUAGAGGUAGAACUGAAUAAUAUAAUAGAAAACAAGGAUUCCAACAUUGUAGAAUACGCAGAAACAAUUCUUCAAUUGCUUGCUAAUUAA